AUGACCGUGGGUGCAGCUUUAGAUUUAUCUCACCAUUUUUCAGUGGAAACUAAGUCGCGUAAGGCAUCGCCUCUUAAGUCGUGCAUCCAUCUUUUCCAUGAUCCGAACAUUAUUUUUCUUGGGGGUGGUCUACCUAUGAGUAAAUACUUUCCAUGGGACAAUCUCAACGUGCAAUCACCUCUUCCUCCUUUCAAAAACGGAAUCGGCGAAGUGCCUUCUGGGACCGACAAGGAUACUUGUCACGUUCAAAUUCGCAGAGACGAAACAACUAAAGCCGGUGAUACUAUCGAUGUUCCUCUGUCGCGUGCUUUGCAGUACGGCCAUAGUCAGGGCCAGCCUGAAUUCUUGUCGUUUGUGAAAGAGCACACUGAGCUUGUGCAUAAAAUGCAGUACUCUGACUGGGAUGUGUUGGCGACCACUGGUAACACCGGUGCGUUUGAGUCUGCGCUAAGAAUCUUCUGUGAUAGAGGUGACACCAUCCUUGCUGAGCAAUACUCUUUUUCCGCUUCCAUUUACGCUGCUGAGGCUCAGGGUAUUAACGUUUUUCCCGUUCCGCUUGACGAUCAUGGGCUGAUUCCAGAAAGACUAGCAACGAUCUUGGACAACUGGAAUCCAGAAGUCAAAAAGCCUAAAUUAUUGUACACCAUUCCUACAGGUCAAAACCCAACGGGAUCCUCUUUGAGCUAUGAGCGUAAAGCCGAGAUCUACCGCAUUGCCCAGAAGCACGAUUUGAUCAUCUUGGAGGACGAGCCAUACUACUUCUUGCAAAUGGAUGAGUACCAAGAGGACCCAUCCCAAAGAAAAACUACCACCUACAGCUCCCACUCGGAGUUUCUGCAAUCUUUGGCCAAAUCCUUCAUUUCCAUGGACACAGAGGGUCGCGUAAUCAGAAUGGACUCGUUUUCUAAAGUUUUAGGCCCCGGCACCCGUUUAGGAUGGAUUGUGGCUUCCAAGCAAAUCGUCACCGCUUUUCUUCGUCUGCAUGAAAUGUCAAUUCAGAACCCUUCUGGCUUCAGUCAGUCUAUCGUCGCUGGUACCUUGAACCGUUGGGGUCAAGAUGGGUUUUUGGACUGGAUGGUUGGCUUACGUCAGGAAUACAAUGAGAAGCGUGAUGUUGCCAUAGAUGCGCUUCACAAAUACGUUCCAGAGGAUUCAGUUUUCCACGUCAAUCCUCCAAUUGCCGGUAUGUUCUUCACUAUCAGCAUUGAUUCCUCCAAACAUCCAGAAUUUGCUACCAAGUAUGAAUCUAAACCAGAGCUUGUGGAACAAGCUAUUUACAACAAGGUCGUCGAGUCUGGUGUGUUGAUUGUGCCUGGUGCAUGGUUCAAGGUCGAGGGUGAAACUCAGCCACCUCAACCUGCCGAAAGCAAGAAAGAGCUUGACCCUAACCGUAUCUUUUUCAGAGGUACAUAUGCCGCUGUUCCUUUGGACAAACUGCAAGACGGUAUUAGAAAAGUCGGUAUCGCUCUCAAGGAGGAAUUCCAGCUUUGA